AUGACGCAAAGGCUCGGGGUUUCCCCCGGGGCGUCGGCGUCAAUUGCCCCAUUCACGACCUCCCAGACGGGGAAACACACCUCCAGCACAGCGCGGCGAGCUCAGCUCCCCGCGGCAAGGCCCUCGGGGCAGCUCGUGCCCCUGGUGCAGCGGGCGCAUUAUGCCAAUGAUAACGUGCGAGACAAGAAGUUCGAGAAAGAGGUGGCACAGCAGAAGCUCGAGUCCCAUCCGGAACAGGUCACCGAGGAGUCUAGCGUUCGACCUUCCUACGAGGGGCCCGAGACCAAGCCCUCCGACCCACCUACUACCGCUGGCGUGAAGAAAGACCUGAACACGCUCAAAGAGACGUUUGCCCUCAGAGAAGUUCCCCCUAUAUCACUCCAGUUGGGUCUCGCAGGCACUCUCCCAUACCUCGGAACCUCUCUUGCAACAACCUUCCUUAGCUGGAAUCUGAACACGGAAUGGCCGUCGCAGUCCCAAUUUGUGAACCACUUCUUGAUGAGCCACGAGAGCGCCAGCCACUACCUCCACCUACUUGAACCGAUCCAGGUCGGCUAUGGAGCAGUUAUUAUCUCCUUCCUGGGUGCCAUCCACUGGGGUCUCGAGUACGCGGAAAAGCACCCCGACAAGGCCCGGACGACCUUCCGCUACGGCCUCGGCGUAUUAGCCCCCGCCCUGGCCUGGCCAACCAUGGUCAUGCCCGUGCAGGCCGCACUGACUGCUCAGUUCGGCGCCUUCGUCUUCAUGUACUUCGCCGACGCGCGCGCCACCACCCGCGGCUGGGCGCCAACUUGGUACGGAACCUACCGCUUCGUGCUGACCGCCAUCGUCGGCGUUUCCCUCUUCAUCAGCCUCGUCGGCCGCGAGAAGAUCGGCGCUGAGGCGCCACGCCUGACCGGGCUGCGGGAGAAGUUCCACAAGGAGCAACCCAACGAGCUGGACAUGAAGAAGUACGAGGAGAUGGAAGCCGUCGAGCUUGAGAAGAAUAGAAAGAAGAAGGCUGCUGAGGACAGGAAGAAGGCUGCCGAGGAGGAAAUAAAGAAGCUGGAGGAGCAGAAGAGCAAUGCUGAGAGUGAGAGGAAGAAGGUCGAUCAGGAGAAGCCGAAGAAGGGCAAGGCUGAGGCCAAGGAGAAGUCUGGGGACAAGGAGCCCAAGGAGUCCAAGGGCAAGGACGAGACCAAGGAUAAGGAUGAGUCGAAAGAUAAGGGCGAGUCAAAGGGCGAGGAAAAGUCUCAAGAAGAUGGAAAAGACGAGGGUAAGAAAGAUGAGGGCGGAGAUGAUGCAAAGGACGGUGGCAAAGAGGAGGGAGGUGAAGACAAGAAGGACGACAAGUCCGAGUAA